AUGGCGACACUCGAUUCCGACGUGACGAUGGUUCCCGCCGGAGAAGCCUCAAGCAGUGCCGCCGGUCCCUCUUCCAAGAAGCCAAAGCGAUUCGAGAUCAAAAAGUGGAACGCCGUAUCUCUCUGGGCUUGGGACAUCGUUGUUGAUAACUGUGCCAUUUGCCGGAACCACAUCAUGGAUCUCUGCAUUGAGUGCCAAGCCAACCAGGCUAGCGCAACUAGCGAGGAGUGCACAGUUGCUUGGGGGGUAUGUAACCAUGCUUUCCACUUCCAUUGCAUCAGUAGAUGGCUCAAGACUCGUCAAGUGUGUCCUUUAGACAACAGCGAGUGGGAGUUUCAGAAAUACGGCCACUAA